CCACUCUCCGUGGCUAAGAGCCAGUUCGUUUUGCAUGGCGUGGCACCGGCCCAUGCAAAACGAAUCCGCUUUCUUUCGUACGGGGCAGGAACAUUCUCAACCAAUUGGAAACGUAAUGUUGAAGAUUGGCACGGAGACCUCGUGAAUAUUACAAGCAAGCAAAUUGACUGAUACUUAAAUUCAAGUUCACAAAUAUUAUACCCUCUCUGCCCAAAGCCAGGUAGCAACAACCACACAUAUCAAGACGGUGACAUCCAAAAGAAACCAUCAUGUCUGAGAAACUUCCCUUCAAAGUUGUCUAUGCCUGGAAGGGGAUGACCGACGAGGAGUAUGUGUGGUGCAUUGAGCAGACCAUCUACUGGAAGGACGGCCAGCCCCUCAACAUGAUCCUGGACGACGGCGGCGACCUCACCAACAUGGUCCACAAGAGGUACCCCAUACUGCUGUCAGGAAUAAAGGGUGUGUCUGAGGAGAACCACAACCUGUACAAGAUGAUGAAGAACGGUGAGCUCAAGAUCCCAGCCAUCAAUGUCAACGACUCAGUCACCAAGCAGCGGUAUUGACUCCCUCUCUAUAGAUCGUUUGACAACCUGUAUGGCUGCAAUGAGUCUCUGAUUGACGGGAUCAAGCAGGCCACCGACGUGAUGAUUGUCGGAAAGGUGGCGGUUGUUGCCGGCUACGGUGACGUUGGUAAGGGCUGCGUCCAGGCCCUCCGUGGGUUCGGUGCCCGCGUCAUCAUCACCCCAUCAAUGGACCCCAUCAAUGCCCUGCAGGCUGCCAUGGAGGGAUAUGAAGUCACCACCAUGGAGGAAGCUUGCAAGGAGGGGAACAUCUUUGUGACCACCACUGGCUGUGAGGACAUCCUUUUGGGCAAACACUUUGAGCAAAUGAAAGACGACUCCAUCGUUUGCAACAUCGGCCACUUCGACUGUGAGAUUGACAUGAACUGGCUCAAUGCCAACUCAGCCGAGAAGAUCAACAUCAAGCCGCAGGUGGACCGCUACCGCAUGAAGAGCGGUCGCAACAUCAUCGUCCUGGCCGAGAGCAGACUGGUCAACCUGGGCUGCGCCAUGGGCCACCCCAGCUUCGUCAUGAGCAACUGUUUUACUAACCAAGUGUUGGCCCAGAUUGAGCUGUGGAAGAACACCAGCAAGUACCCCCUGGGAGUCCACUUCCUGCCCAAAAGCUGGAUGAGGAGGUGGCUCCCGCCCAUCUCGACAAGCUCGGCGUCAAGCUGACUAAGCUGUCAGAUAAGCAGGCCAAAUACCUGGGACUUAACUGCGAAGGACUCUUCAAGCCCGACCACUACCACUAUUGAAAAGUUUGUCAGGAAGGUGGCCAAGCAGCGGCCCAGAGUCAUGGUUCAGUCUGGAGGUGGUGUGGUGGUGCAUGGACACAUGGGUCUGGGUAGGGGAAGAUUCCCAGGAGUCUUCUGGUGGCUAGGACAUUUUUGCUAAUCCUCUGCUUCAACUUGCAUUCAAAAUGUCUUGCCCACUGUAUACACUUGCCUUUAGACUCUAACCAGAGCUCCAUUGCCUUUCAAGUAACAAGUGCUAAAUGGCUUCUCAAGGCCCCAUUCUUGCCCGAUUUAUUUUAGUUGAAAGCCCCAAUCCCUGUACUAUUCAGGUUUACAUAUACAAUGUAGUGGCUAAUAUGGCAAUAAGUGCUGGUUUCAUAUUGUCUUAAGGAAAAUCCACCAAAGUACCACCAAGGCAGUUCUUGCCUGGCUUCAAGUGUACUUACUCAGUUCUAGAACAAUUGUAAUGACUUCCCUAUUUUUUUUUGUUUUGUUAGCUUUAUCUUGCCAGUGUUGUGAGCUGUGAGAGAAUGGGGUGAGGUCAGGUCAACUAUACUAGCAUGUUUAGCGGUUACAUCAUGUUUAUCUCAAGUGUUGCAUUUCAUACAGGAGUUGUACUAUUGGGAAAUGUGACGCAAUAAAGAUCACAUUUUA